CUGGAACCGGUUUCGGUUGAUCUGCGCACAGCCGCGAUCUGCCGGUGAGACAUUGCCGUCGUGUUUAACGGCUGUGACGUCACGGCUCUGCGUGCUUCUGGACUCGGCUGAAGAAGAUGGCGGCCUCCUCAGGAGUUAAAGUUCCACGCAAUUUUCGCUUGUUGGAGGAGCUUGAAGAAGGGCAGAAGGGCGAGGGCGAUGGCACAGUCAGCUGGGGCCUGGAGAAUGACGACGACAUGACCCUCACGUGGUGGACGGGCAUGAUCAUCGGACCGGCCAGAACCAAUUACGAGAACAGAAUAUACAGCCUGAGAUUGGUAUGCGGCUCUAGAUACCCGGAGGUGUGCCCGACUGUUAAAUUUGUAACGAAGAUAAGCAUGAACGGGAUAGAUAACUCCAACGGGGUGGUGGAUUCGAGUAGCAUACCAGUUUUAGCAAAAUGGCAGAAUUCUUAUAGCAUUAAAAUUAUUCUUCAAGAGUUAAGGCGUCUAAUGAUGUCCAAAGAAAAUAUGAAGCUUCCACAACCACCAGAAGGCCAAACCUACAGCACUUAAUCGCCAUGGAUUGUUUUGACCCUCUGUCUUAAACCUUACUCUUAGAAAUAUCAUGUAAAAUCAUCAAGAGGCUCACUUCACACAUCGACAAUAUCGUCUGCAAGACCCACAUCGGACUUUCUUAUUACAUGCUCCAUGACAAGGAACACGUCUCUGCAGUUAAGCACUGAGUAGUUAAGAGACUCCAAGACCACAGUUAUCCGCCUUUAAGAAACUUACUUUGACAAUGACUUUUAUGUUCGACGUGUCCCGUUGCUUGAGUGGGCUUUAAAGAGGGGACGUACCAGUGUCCCAAUAGAUUUGAGGUCAAAUGACUGAUCACUGAAGUAGACAGCGAGAUGUGUGUGUGUGUGUGUGCGUGUGCGUGUGUGUGUGCGUGAGAGAGAAGGCAUGUUCUGUAGCUAAUACCUAGACGGGGAGAAGCCACAUUUUGGAGUUUGUUGGUUUAUUAAAAUACACGCCGACUGCUAAAUAUUGUGUCAAGUCAAGUGUCCCGAGAUGUAUAGAGAUCUAGAUGGAUUUAUCUCUACACACCUUCUGCAUUGACACACGUGUUUCUGCUCUGCACCUCUUUGACAUGUAACGGACGUUGAAGCCUGUGCUGUUCUGAAACCCUUGCAUUUAACUCCCAAUGAAAAUGGCAGGUGUAUGAACAUGUGAUUUUCUGAAAUUAAAAUCACUGUCUGCAACAAAACAAA